AUGGCAGGCCUCCUUGAAUUUGGUUCCAACUUUCUCUUCGGAGGAGGAGGAGAGGACACCAGCCAACCCGUCACCGCCAACAACACCACCACCACCGCAACUUCUCAAUCUCAAUCCCAAUCUCAAUCUCAAAGUGAAGGUGGCAAUUCCACGAGUGACGCCAAAGGUGGAGCAGGUGGUAAUUCCAAGAGUGACGCCGAAGGUGGAAAAGGCGGAAGAGGGGGCGAUACUACUAUUGGUGACAUCUCUGGGGGAGAUGGUGGUGCUGGAGGACAAGGUGGCGAGGGAGGUCAUUCCAAUUCAGAGGUCGGUCCCAUUACCAACAACAACGACAACUCCGAUUCGAGUCAGACGGUUAUCAACUGCGGUAUGCCAUACAGCAUGCCUCAGAGCAUGUAUGGACAAAAUAUGUACGGCAACGAACACGGAGAAAUGCAAAGCUAUGGCAUGUACCCAAGUGAAGGUGAAAUGCAAAGCCAGGGCAUGUACCCAAGCGAAGGUUAUGGCGAACCAUAUGGGGGUGAACAAGGCUACGAGGGCGAGGACGGAAUGGAAACGGGAUAUGGCCAGCAGUAUCCUGAGGCAGGUUACGAAUACCCAGUGGGGGCCGUGGCGUACUAA